GUCGUCACUUACGAUGGACGAAGAGGAGGAAAAGUCGUCACUUCAGAUGGACGAAGAGGAGGAAAAGUCGUCAUUUACGAUGGACGAAGAAGAGGAAAAGUCGUCAUCGCAAUCGUCCCGUGACGACGAAGAAGAAGAAAAUCAAAAUCAGGAAGAAAAUUUGACCGAGGAUCACACCGGAUUGGAGGAAAUUAGCAGUGACGAAAUGGAGGAAAUGUUUCAAGGUAAGGUAAAAGUGCAAAAAGAGAAGAAAGUCGGAAAAAGUGGGGAUGACGAUGGGGCGAAAACUGAAGUCCCACCCAAAAAGGAGGCAAAGAAGAAGAAUACUUGUACCGCUCUGGUCGUGAAAAGGGGGGAUCCACCAGUUCCAUGGAUCGUACAUCCUAAUCCUAACAAUAUUUAUACUCGACCUUGGAUUCGGUACCCGAGACAAAAUCUGGACCCGGACGGCAAAAUUUUACGAGAAACCAUCAAAAUGUGUGAAGAACUCCGCAAAAAGUACAACGAACUCGACAAACUUUGGACCGGAAAGAGUAAACGGAAGCGGAAAACAGCCUUCCCCACGAACACGAUAGGAAUUCGGGAACUGAUCCGAAACGACCGAUCAAAAAACCGAGGUACGCAUCUCCCCUGCUCCACGAUGCAUAAAAUCGUGUCAUUUGCUAAACUAAAGAGGAAAGUGAACUUUGCGAAAUACGUAGUUUCUUCUUCCUCCUCCUCAUCCAUGCCCACGACGCCGAUGCGGACGAGAAAAAGUAGUGGGGGUAGUGGGGGUACUUCUGGGGGACGCUCGCAUUCUCUGACGUGGCCGAGAUUUGUGAUCAAAAGUAAGGCUAAAGAAGAGGGGGGUAAGAAGACGGUGGAAAAAAUGGGGCCUGAUUUGAACAAUAACGACAACGUGGCGACGGAAGACGUCGAUAACAUUACUGAAGACGACGACAACGUGUCGGAAGACGUCCCCAACACGAUGGAAGACUACGCCAACGAUUUUUUAGACUGUCGGGAUGGAGAAGAAGCAAUAAAAAGUACGCCAAUCACGACCACGUGGUCGCAUUCUUCUCGUCAAGUAUUGUCCACCAUCCUCGGCGACAUGUCACUCUCCUCCUCAGAAUCUCGUCAAGAUAAUGUCGAAAUCCCUCCGAAAACAAGGGCCCGCUCGUCGUCCCGAUCCUCCCGUGAGGUAAAAAUAGUGACCACCUCAUCAGCUAAAAUUCGCUCGAAAACGGCCUCCUCUUCCACCGGACGAAGCAGCCAUCAUCACCUCGGCGUCCCGACGAAACGUUCCAGUCUGGCCCAUCAUCCGUACCAGUUCCGCCAACCUCACCAGCACCACCACCACCAACCCAUGUCCAGUUAUGCCUAUCUCUUAUCAAAAAGUCAGCCCUUAUCGAUCCCACCGCCGCCCGGGUUUCCGCCAAGACCACCGCAGCAGCAGCAGCAGCAACAACACAGUUUUAAUUUUGGGGUAAUGCCGGCCCCACAAGCACAACGACACCAGCAGAAUUUGCCCACGCCGCAACCGGAAGUAGAGAAACAACCGUACAAUCAUAUCCCAAUGACGCAGCAGGACAUGGCGAGAAAGGCAGACCUCAUGUUCAGUCAAGUUAUGGGUGUCCACUACUCUCACGGCCACUACUCGCAGUGGUCACCAAACUCCUCCUUUGUCGGGGACAAUUGUUCUUCCUCGUCUUCUUCUUCCGGGGGCGGGUAUCAGAAUCUUAACGCCUUGCCAAAUAUGUCGAGCCCUCAGAAUAAUCCGUACGUUCGGUAUCAACAACAGCACAACCAAUAUCACGGUCAAAACUACAGUUUGUUGCAGAUAGCACAACAAUCACAACAAAAAUUGGGGUUGUCCCCCGCACCACCACCACAACAACAGCAGCAACAACAAUUUAUGCCCAUGAUGUUUUCGCCACAGACCGGAAGUGGUGGACCUCAGAACAUGAACAACAAUCAACCUCCACCGCCUCGACCGCUGGGUUGGUUUUGCCCAGCGCAACAGCAGCCCCAGCCUCAGCAAAUUCAGAUUCCUCCGCCCCAACAGAAGAAAUGUGUCUUCCUUCAACGUCCACAACACGGUCCAAUGACCAAUAUUUACAAUCCCGCCGGCGGGAUUCCUCCUGGUGGUCAGACGCUUGGUGGAAUGAUGAUCCCGAGUCGAAUCCAUUACUGGCAGGAUGUCCAAGACCACAACUCGCGUCAACAGCAGCAUCAACAUGCCGUCCGAAAUGCGAGAGUUUGUUAUUUGAAUACGGUGCCACAAGGUCAAGGUCAACAACAACAACAAGGUCAAUGCCAAGGUCAACAAGUCCCAUUUAUAACUCAGGGGAACAACGUGAUGCUCCUAAGUCCACCACGGCACGGUGUGAAAACUCCGCAUUUUCAUCAGCAAUCCAGCCCCCAAAGACAUCACAAAACGUCGUUGCGAAGUGUGUCCAGCACCGGAAGCAUUUUGGACCCGCGUCCCGCAAGACAGCACAAGUCGCCAAAAUCGUUUACUCUUUGGAGUGAUUCUACGUCUACUUCUUCUGCGUCUUCGUCGGAUCCGCCCACGCCAACGGGGCAACCGAGGUCACCGGACGUGGGGGAAGGUCAAAGUCAAGGUCAAAGUCAAGAUCUUUCAGAGGAUGGGGACGAUGUUGGAUUGGAGCUUCUUCUUCCUUGACAGUUUUUUCUCCGCUAUUUUUUCGUCGCACGUGUCAAAAUUUCGUCGCACGUGUAAAAAUAUUAAGUUACAGAAUCUAAAUAUCUAUUAUGUAAAAAAAUAUGUAUGACUGCGAAAAUUUUUUGAAUUCUGAGAUUCGACAGGGCUCCAAAAAGUUUGUGAAAUUUGUAAACAAAAAAAUUCUUGUGGCUCGAUCAGUGUCAGUCAGUCAAAAAUAUUCGUUUUAAAAAAAAAUUUGAGCAGAAGAGAAAAUAUGUAUUAUAUUUUUAUUUUACGGAAUUUGUACUAAAUAUGGUGCAAGUAAUUACUCGAAUAUAAUGUAAAUUCAAUUCAUGCGUGUAUGUAAAUGUGUACACGGGUAAAGACAAAUGUAUAAUUAUUAUGAAUGAUUAAUUACUUAAUUAAUUAACGCCCCGAUUAAAUACAGAGGGAAAUUGUUAUUUUGUAAAUUAUUUUGUGGAAAUUUUAGUUUGAAAUUUUAUUUUAUUUGCAUGGGAGAUUUUAUUGAGAUUUUAUGAGAUUUUAUUUGCAUGGGAAAAAAAUGGGGGAAUUUAUUUUUAUUUAUGUGUAUAAAUAGUUCGAGAUAUAUUUUAGUCUGUAUUUCAUAAAUAUUGAAUAUUUUUGUGAAUUUUUAACGGAAAUUUUAUAAUAAUUCCCGAAAUUAUUUGUGUCACACGAAUGCGAAAAAAAUGGAUGGAUUUAUUUUUAUUUAUGUAUUUAAAUGCGUAAUUCGAGAUAUAUUUUUAGUCGGUAUUUCAUAAAUUUUGAAUAUUUUUGUGAAUUUUUAACGGAAAUUUUAUAAUAAUUCCCGAAAUUAUUUGUCACUCACGGCAUGCGAAAAAAAUGGGUGGAUUUAUUUUUAUUUAUUUAAAUGCACAGUUCGAGAUGUGUUUUUAGCCUGUAUUUUAUAAAUAUUGAAUAUUUUUGCGAAUCUAAUUAACGAAAAUUUUACCAUAAUUUUCGAGUCUUGCAGCAGCAUGAAAUUUAAUUUAAUUUAAAUGUUGCAUAAUAA